UUGAGCUUCCUGGGUGAAAUGCUGCUUGUGCCUUCCUCCUGUGCAAGAGCACAGACCCACGGGCUGCUGUCCUCCCGGCUCCUGUGGGAUUUAUGCUUCUAACAGACAUCAUUUAGAGGCCCACAGCAAGCUCGGAUGUGCUCUCCCUGGCUAUAACUACCCUCUUGGAGGAGCAAAUAGUCUGCAAACCCUUCCUGGGUCAGGCACAUCAGGUAACAGGGAACAUGUUGGGCAUGGGUUGAGACUCCACUAGAGAUGCUCCUUCCUUUCCCAUCCCUGUUGCCUCUGAACCCCACAUCAACCACCUCCACAGGGAACCACCCACAGGCUCUUGGGACCGAUAGCUUCCUGAGUGAUUGCACUAGGAGUGUAGCAGUGGUCAACUACAGAAGGAGUGGAGAUAGCAAGGGAAAGAAGAGAGCGUGAUGGGGGAGAAGAAGAGAAAAGGGGGGGGGGGAGAUGAAUUACAAUAUCCCAGAUCCAGCUACUGCAUCACUGCUGGAUCCUUAUUUUGGAUUUUCCUGGGGGAGGUGGAAUGGGAGCAGACAGUAACUCCCCUCCUCUGCCCAGCAGAGAGCGAACGUGCUGCUCUGGGGAGAGUAACCAGACUAGAUUUUCUGUGCUGCUUGGUCAGAGAAUUGGUAAAAAUCAGUAUGUAUGAUGUUGCUACACACUAGGUGAAAUCUGGCCCCCGCAGAUUCAGGAGAUUCACCCAUGGUUUUUAAUCCCAGUUGCUUUGAUUCAAGAAUUUCAUUCACAUGUUCUUGGUAAUACUAUUACUUCAGCCCUCUGCUGUCUUCCAAAGCACCUUGUUUGGCUGUCAGGGAAAGACGUCUCACAAGCUGAACUAUGAGGUCUGAUCCGAUCUUGCAAUUCUCUGUGCUGUUGUUUGGCUUCAGGUUGUAUCUUAUGCCAAACUAAGUGCGUUGUCAGGGCUUACAUAAUGAAUAAUACACAACAAUAAUGGCCCAUAGUUACAGCUGUUCUUGGGGAGAGGGAUGUCAGGUUGGCCAGUCUGUGAUCACUAGUAUAUACACAAUGCAGUAGGUUCUGGUUAUUUGAAUAGCCUCUUUUCUCAAGCAAAUUACAUAGCUGGACUAUGUUAAUAAACAGAGCAGGACUUAAAAAAAACCACUCCAGAGGUGUGUAGCAUAAUUAUUCCAAACAUCUCACAUGUAACUUAAUAUAAUGUUGCAACCGCCUUAUUUGAAUCAAUGAAAACCACGACAAAUACAACAGAUGCAGUAAGUAAAACUAUGAAAUAGCAAAACAGUUAAGAUAGCUCAGAAAAAAAAACAAAUGAUCUUAUGAAAACAGUGCAAAUAACAAAUACAGUUAACUCAGGAAUAAAAUAAGAUAGUACAGCAGAUACUGAGAAAAUGCAGUUCUUGUGACACAAAAUGUUAUCUUUGUCUGCAAACAGCUCCUAUUUUUUUUUCUCAAGACAAUCUUCCAGUUGCUAAAAACAGGCAACAUCUUCAGAGAGAUUCUCUCCCAUAAACUGGCAAAGUGUGUGUCGAACUUUACUCCUGUCACUGGCUGAGACAAGUGCUUCAGUAUCACCAUCUUUAUUAGUAUCAUCCAUGAUCCCUGUAAGCUUCUCCUAACAGACAGCCUCACACAGCCCCAUGGGUGUCCCAUAGCAGACCAGUUUGUCAUUGUGGGAAAUAAUAUUGGGUAAAUUCUCUCUCUCUUACUUGCCAGGUCAGAAACAUCAUCUUCAUUUGUGCCACCUGUUCCCUGAUUUUGUAUCUAAAAGAAUUAGCCUGCUCCCAAACUUGAUGCAAACUCCUGGAUGGAAGAACCAAGGGGUCCCAAUAAACAAGGUUGCAAGGAAACCUUGACCAGUGCCCACACAGGCAACGGCGUGGAGAGCCAGAAUGAGGACAAGCCCUCGCAUGGAGCCUGACAGGAGAGCGUCUCAGAUAACUGUGCCAGAUAGACCCGAAGGUGAGCUGGGAGUAGACCGAGAGACUCAUUGUGGAUCAGAAAGACACCAGAGACACCACCCUGAGAAGACACCAGGAGAAUCCCCCCAGCAAGGAGGGAGGGAGCGAGACAGCACUGCUGGGCCUCCCACCCACCCAGAGGGGAGACCCAAUACAUGUGCCGCCUGCGGGAAGAGCUUCCCCAAGAGCUCGUCCCUAGCCAUACACCAGCGCACGCACACUGGAGAGCGCCCCUAUGCAUGCCCGGACUGUGGCAAGCGCUUCUCACAGAGCUCAACCUUCCUCCGGCACCAGCUCAUCCACACAGGCGAGAAGCCCUACGCCUGCCUGGACUGCGGGAAGAGCUUCCGAGUCAGCUCCCACCUGGUGCGGCACCGGCGCGUGCACACGGGCGAGAGGCCCUACGUCUGCGCGGAGUGUGGGCGGAGCUUCAGUGUCAGCUCCCACCUGGUGCAGCACCGGCGUGUGCACACGGGCGAGAGGCCCUAUGCGUGCCAGUGUGGGCAGAGCUUCAGCCUCAGCUCCCACCUCCUCCAGCACUGGACCAUCCACACAGGCGAGAGGCCCUACCAGUGCAUUCAGUGUGGGCGGAGCUUCACCAUGAGCUCCGCCCUCAUCCGGCACCAGAGACUGCACGUGGGGGACAGCCCCUGCCAGUGCGCCCAGUGCGGGAAGUGCUUUGGCCGUGGCACAGAGCUCAGCGAACAUCAGCAAGUCCAUGCAGGACAACGGCCACACACAUGCGCCCAGUGUGGGCGGAGCUUUGGCGCAAGGUCCAAUCUCCUUCAGCACCAGCGCACUCAUGCUGGCGUGCGGCCAUACCAGUGUGCAGAGUGCGGACGGAGCUUCAGCCGCAGCUCCAACCUCCUCACGCACCAGAGGGUGCACACAAGCUAGGCUGAGGCCUGGGCAGCUAUGUCGGGGCUGUACCUCUCAAAGACACCAUGUAGCAUGGCAGCCAGAGGCAUUUUCUCUCCUUGGGGCACCAGGAGUUAUGGCCUCAAUCCCCUUGGAGCCACUGGGGUAGGAGGAGGUGUGGGAAAGGACAAUGUGGGAGAUAGAAGCCAGGGAAGUCCCUGGUGGUAGGGAGAUCCAUGUGUGGUUUGGGCUGGGUGAGCACAGAUCUGUGAAGAUCGGCUGCUAGCUUACCUGACCUAUUAUAAUGCCAGUGGAUAGGUCUGGUUAGUUUUCUGUUCGUCCUUUUUACUAGCCAGUUUUGGUUGCCUGAGGACUUCCAAGCCAUGUAGGCUUUGGCUUAGGGCAGGAAGCAAGAGAGUCAAAGAAAGAUGUCUUAAGACUGUCCAAAUGAAGUGAAGUUUUGAGCAUUAAAAGGAGUUCUUGGGAUGAGGAAAAGCAUCAGAGGCUUAACUGAAACUCAUAUGAGUUGGGUUCUGCCUUUGCUUCUGCCAAGGGCCUCAUGGGUGAUUUGGGACACUCUGGGCCUCGGUUGCUCCAUCUGUAAAAUGGGGAUAAUUUUACUGACCUCCAUAUAAAGCACUUUGAGAUCUAAAGACUAAGAAAGCACUAACCAAGAGCUAUGUAAUAGUAAUUCUUAUAUGAGAGUGAGAGACCUAAAUAGCUGGUAUAAAGAGCAGAGCUAGUCAGAAAAUGACAAACUUGUUUUGCAAAACAAAUUAUAAAUGGAGUAAUUAUCUUGAUAGCAUUAACUGUUUCUGUACACAAAGCAUUAGAAACAUUUAUUCUUAAUUUUAAAUGAUACUGCUGCAGAAUUGUUAGUCUGCUACAACAGAGCAGCAGAAUCCAUGAAACUGUGCUGGGUUCUUUUGGCUCAGCUGCCGGAGAGGGGGUGGAGUAUAUGACAUGUCCAAACUUUAGAAUAAUGCUUCCAUUAAUGGUCAUAUUCUGCAUUUGCUGUAACAAAGUGGGGAGUAAGAGAUUGUGUGGUUCCUUACUGUGAUUAUAAUAUUGUGUUCUGAAUAUGGACUACUUGGAGACAUCUCUGUACCAUGAAAAAGGAUGUUUGGGAGCAGUGUACUUUAACAGGGUGCAUCUAUAUGUGCACUUUACUGUGGAGUUGAAUGACUAGCUCUGCAGUAAAUCAUCAUUGUCUACACACGUGCCAGUAUUAUGGCUUGGUAAAUAAAUUAAUUUCACUGUAAGAUAGUACUGUCCUUGACAGUGGGAGGUGGGAGAACCCAUAAUUUCAGCACUCUUAUGCCCCAACCAGCCCCUCUGCCACCCAGUGCCACCACCUGGAACCCAGAACUAACCUCCCCCCACCCCACUUCCCACUGCCCCCGAGCCUCAGGAUCAGAUUAACGCAUAGGCACACUAGGCACAUGCCUAGGGCCCUAAGUGAAGAAGGGGCCCAGUUGUGCUUAUUUUACAUAUUAUAAUUAUUGAGUGAAAAAGUAAUAGAAAUAUACAGUAUUAAGUAGGGACCCAGGAGUUUGUUUAAUGGGCCUACGGCCCACUAAAGGGUAAAUCUGAACCUGCUGACAGCCCGAGUCUACUCCACCCAAGCUCAGAGUGCUGCUGUCCCCAGCGCAUGUGUAGAUGCUGCGCCCAGGGUCAGUGUACUCUGGUCCAAACUGCCCUGAAGUUUAUCACAUUGCAUUAAUUGCAUGAGUAGAUGCACCCACAGUCAGGCAACAAAGGAGCUCUGUGACCAGCUUAACCUACCACAUGCUGCCCAACAAAGAAAAUCAUACAGAUCUCUUCAGCUGCCAGAGUCUAUGUCUUAAUUUUGCUCGUGACAGGAAAGAGUAAGACAUCUUCAAUUGGCCAUUUGACAUCAGUACAAAGCAGCAGGGCUGUGCGAAAUUUCGCUGGCUGUUUCGUUCUGACACUGUUUUGACCAAUUUUGAGGUCAAAACAGCAAAAUCAGGGCAAAAUAAAGGCCCUUGAAAUAGCCUCGAAACAAAAUGAGACUGGUCGAAACGUUUUGAAAGUCAAAACGUUUCAACCAGAGGCUGGGGAUGGGAAGUCAGUCCAGCUGGGCUGACUUCCCAUCCCCAGUGCAAGAUCUGGCAGGGGGCGGAAGGCAGCCAGCUGGACUGCUUCCCAGUUUCCUGCGCUGCAUCACACCAAAUUGGGCCAAAUCUCCUCCGAAUCGAAUCAGCACCUGAAACUUUGCACAGCCCUAGUGUACAUUGGCUGUGUGGCCUGUACCAUGGCUGGGUGACCCACCACACUGACUGUGCCUGAAUUCAUUAGAUAGAAGGGUAAACAACUGGAAAAAAAAACAGAAAGGAGUGAAAAAACACAUGAAAAAGCAGAAACAGCAGUCUUAAUUGUGACAAUAAGCCUUUGGGGAUGGAGACCAUUGUUUUUUGUUCUGUGCUUGCAUAACAACUCAUACUAAUCUGGUCCCAGUGUGUAGAUUAAGGGAGAAAAAAAGACUUUUUUCUACUGGGACCAGAUAAGUAUUAGUACCCAGAGCCAGCACUGGGUUACUGGGCCACUUGUAUCUUACCACUUCCUGAGUUAACAUGCAUCUGGAAAUAAGCCCAAACAUUUGCAAGAGUUUUGCAAUCCACUAGGUAACAGAUGAAACCCAGUACAAAAGACAAAUAGCUUCCACUUAAAAAGUAAAUACAGUCUUUCCACACAGCCUUCUAAUGGGAAAUGGCUGAAAAAAACCAGGAAUUGAUGUGUGGUGGGGGCUGGAAGUUCAAAGGUGGGUAUAUGUAUCUGCUACAUAUAAAGCAUUCAAAGCACUGAAAUGCUAAAGCCAAAGCCAAGACCCAGGUGAACAAGCUGAUGAUGCAGAGACCAGCAGUAGGCAUGGGGAGAGCUAUACAACAAACUCUUGUUGCUUUAUUCAUGGUAGCAGCAGUGUUCUGUAAGACUGAGGACAGCUGCCCAGAAGUGAGCAUUGCAGGUCUCAGUGGUUCUGAUAAACUCACCAUUCUGCGUGGGUGCCCCGGGACAGCUGGUGCACCAGGACCCAAAGGGGAACCAGGAACUGCAGGACUGAAAGGGGAAAAGGGAGCCCCAGGGAUCCCUGGAAAAGCAGGACCAGCUGGGAUGAAAGGAGAAAGAGGUGUGGCUGGCCCCCCUGGACCAAAAGGAAUAACAGACCUGGAAGACCUUUUCUGUAGACAAGGAGCAAGGAACUGCAAGGAGCUGUUAUCCAGAGGGAACAUCCUGAGUGGCUGGUACACCAUCUACCCACAUGACUGUAAUGCAAUGACUGUGCUGUGUGACAUGGACACCGAUGGUGGAGGAUGGAUUGUUUUCCAGAGACGGGCAGACGGUUCUGUGGACUUUUACCGUGAUUGGGAAUCAUACAAGAGAGGUUUUGGGAACCAGCUGACAGAAUUCUGGCUGGGGAAUGACAAUAUUCACCUCUUAACAUCAUUUGGAGAGAAUGAACUUCACAUAGACCUCAGAGAUUUUGACAACAACUAUCAUUUCGCCAAAUACAAAUCAUUCAAAGUUUUGGGAGAGACUGAGAAAUACAAACUGAUCCUUGGGGAUUUUGUUGGUGGUGACGCAGGGGAUUCACUGAGCAGCCACAAAAACAUGGUGUUUACAACCAAAGACCGUGACAAUGACCCAGAUCCCAACAACUGUGCUGUAACCUUCAAGGGGGCCUGGUGGUACAAUAAGUGCCACCUCUCCAACCUGAAUGGACUAUACCAUAGGGGACCUCAUAGCAGCUUUGCAGACGGUGUGAACUGGAAAACAGGCCAGGGGUACAAGUACUCCUACAGGCUGUCAGAGAUGAAAUUCAGGCCUGUAUAGCCAAGCAGGAGGGAAUCUAGAAGCAAACAGUUAGUUGGAGACAUUUAAUUAGGUAAUUAUUUCCCAUGUCAAGAAGUAGUCAUCUUCAUAUAUGUGCUUUAGUUAUCUGUAUCCCUUGGACAAAGGGCAAGGUGCAUUCUGUUAAUUUAUGUUAGUCCUUGGUGACUUGGGUCCGUCUUGCUCCACUCUGUAUUUUUUUUAAUUUUUUUAUAUAAAAAAAGCAAAACUAAAAUAAAUCAACAGCACACAUUUCAGAACUAACCAAGAAUGAAAUGACAGAAUGAUCACAUUGAUGUCACAACUAAACACAAAGUAAUGAAACAGUAAAACAACAAUCCAUGUUGUAGCAAGGUUGAAGCAUUGUAGCUGUGACCGCCCAGGAAAUGUAUGCAAGAUAAGGAUUUUUUGUGCAUAGCUGGGAGACCCGUUGGACAAGCUUUGCGGCAAUGAAAAUGCUCUCCCUUAUGACCAAGGAAAGAUAUCAGGAUCAAAGAUACCACAAAAAAUCCUUGCCUAUCAUGAAAGAACUUUGAUACUGGAUUGAAUCAUCUGUUGGUCAAGUCAUUGACAUCACCAUUACAAUGAUCACUAAUAUUUACUUCUUCCCAAUACUAUACAAAAUUCAGGUUUUGCAAGUCAUUUAAAAGAUGUUUUAAUGGCUAUGUCAAAAAGUUACACAAUAAAAAUUCUGGAUAAAUCUUUUUAA